GACUCUGCUGCUGCUGCUGCUGCGUCGAUAAAUUGCGUGACCUAGCCUUCGAUUUCUGAUCACAGCUCACCAUCAAUCCAUCGCAGAAGAAGAAUCCCUUUCUUUAGUUAUACCAAGGAAUUGGUUCUUCCCUUGUGAACUCCUCAGAGCUCGUUUCUGUUUUCGUCGUCGUCGUUUUCGUGUACAAAUACGUACCGUUUUUGGUGGAGAAGCGGGGAGUGCGCGAUAAGUGGCCACUAUCGAGGGCGAAGUUUGUUGAACGCAGCGUGUAUUGGUGCCACUGCCUGGUGCAUCACCAGGCAUCUCUCUAAUGAUGUCUCCAAUGCCUGGUGUCGCAUCGGAGUCGGAGGCGAUGGGGGAGCAGGGAACGGGUAGCAAGGGGAGGAAUGCCGUGCUAGUUUUUUUGCUCGCUAUAUCUGUUUUUCCCGCGUUCGUUGUUGCGGUCGAGGAGAAGCCGCUCCCGUUUAUCGUGCUUCACGGCAUUGGAGAUGAAUGUAGGAACCAAGGGCUGUACGAAUUUACUAAUUUUCUCAUCAACGAGUCUGGAGCUUUUGGAUUUUGCAUAGAGAUAGGCAAUGGAGCAAGUGACUCGUUCUUUAUGCGCCUUGACAAGCAGGCUGACCUUGUGUGCGAGCAGGUGAAAAAGAUUCCAGAACUGAGAGGCGGCUACAACGUUGUCGGUCUAUCACAGGGAAAUGUCGUGGCUCGUGCUGUGAUUGAAUUUUGUGACGGUGGACCACCUGUCCACAACUUCGUAUCCUUGGGAGGACCUCAUGCAGGAACUGCAUCAAUACCAGGGUGUUCGAUCAUGUCCCUUUGUAAAUUGGCGGACGCACUAAUUAGACUUGGUGUAUAUUCAUCAUUUGUACAGAACCACCUUGCUCCGAGUGGCUACGUGAAAAUUCCUAACGAUUUGGCUGCCUAUUAUAAGGGUUCAAUGUUCUUACCGAAACUAAACAAUGAGAUAGCUUCUACUCGGAACGAAACCUACAAAAAGAGAUUCGAAAGUAUUAAUCACCUGGUGUUGAUUAUGUUCCAGGAGGAUGCUAUCUUAGUUCCUCCUCAAACAGCUUGGUUUGGUUACUAUGGUGAGAAUGAUUUCACUACUGUACUACCUCCUGAAAGGACGGAUCUAUACAAGGAGGACUGGAUUGGACUUAGAACCUUGGACGAAGCGGGCCGAGUGACAUACAUUGCUUUUCCUGGUGACCACUUAAGUAUAAACGACGUCCAGCUUAAAAAGUUUGUUGUUCCGUACCUUAGGAGCUCCCCUAUUGCUCCUAGUAUUGACUGGUCAUCGUAUUGAGUUCAAGGUGUAGGUGUCAUUAGAAGGCCAGUAGUGCUAUUUCAUUGCUAGACGUCUCCUGAAAAAGAAAGUCGUGUACAUUAUAUUCGGAAAAAGUUCACUUCUGAGUGCGAGAUUGUUAUCUCGUGUACCAAGAUGAUGCUCUUACAUGUAGACCAACUAUUACGUCAAUUGGAAAGUUUGCUGUAUAGAUGAAUAUUUUUCAUGGUUCAUCAUUAUAAAAAUAAACUAAAUUAGAUUUGCUUUCAA